AUGUCGCGCGUUGAGCACUGUUUCUUACUGUCUGUUUUCGACAACGAAGCGCCACAUCAGUCGGCAAUUUCCCGUUGGUAUGGAGAAGUCAAACGUGGACGGGUGACCCUUAGCGACGAUUCCAGGGUGGGUGCACCAAAAAUGGCAGUCACCCAGGAAAACGUCGAUGCUGUGCGCAAGUUCAUCAUUGAUGAUAGACAUACCUCAACUCCAAAAAUUUUACAUGAAGAAUUAGGAGUAAGAAAAUUAGUUUCUCGUUGCAUACCCCACCUGUUGACUGAAGAGCAGAAAGCAGCCAGGGUUAAUUGGUGUCAAAAAACGCUUGACCGCUUCAAUUUCGGAGACUCAAAAAAUGUAUACAACAUUUUUAAUGGUGACGAAUCAUGGAUUUACUGUUAUGAACCAGAAAAUAAACGACAGUCGGCUGUUUGGGUGUUCCAAGGUGAAGAAAAGCCAACAAAAGUCAUCCGUUCUCGAAGUGUUUCGAAAAAGAUGGUCGCGCCAUUUGUGUCAAAAGCGGGUCAUAUUGCAACAAUUCCUCUUACUGAGCAAAGAACUGUUACUGCGGAUUGGUAUACCGUAUACCACCAUUUGUCUUCGAAAAUCAACCCCGAAAGAAGAAUCAUCAUCCACCAAGGCAAUGCAAGCUCGCACACAACCCAAAUAACAAGGCAGUAUUUAACGGAAGUAUUGGACCAUCCUCCAUAUAGUCCCGAUCUAAGUCCUAACGAUUUCUUUACUUUCCCCGAAAUUAAAAACAGACUGCGUGGUCAAAGGUUCCAGUCACCAGAAGAAGCAGUUUACGCAUUCAAAAAUGCCGUGUUGGAUCUGCCAGCAAACGAGUGGAAUAAGUGCUUCGAAAAUUGGUUCGAGCGCAUGCAGAUGUGUAUUAAUCUUCGUGGAAAAUACUUCGAAAAGCAAUAA